CACUCCCGUGGCCUUUCGCUUAUUGGUUUUUCGGUCUGUCCGGCGGCGGCCUGAGAAAACGGUCGAUGCACCUUGGUUGGUGCUAAAUCGAUCAAAAAGAAAACGAUCAUCGAUUCAUUUGACAGCUCUCGGCUGUGCUGUGUUUACAUCACGCGUUUGUUUACAUCGGUCGUUUGCCCCAGCGAAAAGUAUGCCGAACGCGCGAUUCACCAACGAAACACACCCAUUCCUACAAUAAUGUCGCUGUUUCACGCAAAUGCUGGCCAGGCGGAGAUUAUACGCACCGUGCAGAAGGACCAGGAACACAUCGAGUACGUCCGGGCGGCACUGAGCGAGGUGCUGCUGCUGCUCAGCCAGCGGCACUGGUUCCGGUACAAUGCGCUGUGCAAGCUGGUGGCGGAGGUGCUCUACCACCAUUACGCCAUCCUGCACAAUCUGCAGACGCUGGGCGAAGAGUACACCGGCAUCAUACAGGUGGACGCGAACUACGUGAUGCUGCCGAACAAGGCCCUGCAGCUACUCGCCAUCCUGCUCGAGUACGGCGGGGAGCAUGUUGUCGACCGGGUGCUGACCUACCUGCAGACCGAGAUCGAUCGGAGCGAGGAGCUGCUCGAGUCGGUCAAGACCGGCCUACACAAGCUGAUUGACACACUGCGCGUGGUGGUCCCGUACGUGCGCGGCUUCCACACCAGCCUGUUCUACAUCCACGGCGGAAAGUAUCACAUCUCGAAGCGCUUGACCGGCAUAAACUAUGUGCUGAUACGCAACUGGCUCAAGGAGGACCAUUCCGUCUACGGAUAUAAGGCGCUGGGAUACGUGACACUCACCCAGCUCGUGCUAGCGCUUGCCGCCCGCUACCAGCAGUACCGGUCGCAACCGAGCCAUGCAAAGGUGGUCGCCCCGUCGGUACGGUCGGCGGAAAGGAGCCGGACGGCAUCGGGGACGCUGCCCGGGCGCAACUGUGCGCUCUGCAUGGACACGGCGCAGGCCAUCACCGUGACGCAGUGCGGCCACCUGUUCUGCUGGCAGUGCAUAUUGCACUGGCUCGAUCAGCGCCAGGUGUGUCCGAUCUGUCGCGAAUCGGUCAAGAAAACGCGCGUGGUUCGGUUGCAAAACUUUUCCGUCGACCCGGAACGCACCAGCUAGCCGUGUGCAACGAACGCUCAAUGCAGACUGAAGGGUUUUUAACGCUUCAAAAGAGAUUUUUACGUUCCAAAGAAGCUACUGGUUAGGUAACAUGCUUUAUGGGGUAGGAUACACUACAGGGAGUGCUUCGUGUGCAGCAUUCUGCUCGUUUCGGACUGACUGUGCUUAAGCAUGCGUUGAAAUUUAGUCGAUAGGCAAACAUCCGUUAUCGUUAAAAAAAGCAUAAUAUUCAAUAUUCAUCGUACUAUGUUCGGAACAGUUUGUGGGUUUGUUUGUUCUUUUUCGUUACCGUUUUUUAUGGUUUAGUUUCAGUUUUGGGAAAGCUUGGCUCUGUUAUUUACAAAGGAAAUAAAAACGUAUCAUACAACAAUA